AUUUGUUUCAUUCCAACAGGUGGACACCCUCCCAAUUUUUUCACUUCUAUAUAUACCCAACUGGGGAUUUGGUUUGUUAUCAGUUUGGUUCUUCCUGUGGUGAGGAUCAAGUCAAUUCUUAAAUCAACAACAUGAAAUUCUUGGUGUGCCUUGUAGCUUUGGUAGCUGUAGCUUCUUCCGCUGAGAAGAAGGAAAAACGUGGUUUAUUGGACCUCAGCUACGGUUAUGGAGAUCACGGACUUUCCAGCUCCCUAGAAUACGGACACGGUCUUUCCUUGGGCAGCGACCUCUCCUACUCCGCCCCAGUUUUGAGCAAGACCCUCAUCCAAGAAGCUCCAAUCGUCACCAAGACCCUCGUCCAAGAAGCUCCAAUUGUCUCCAAAACCAUCGUACAAGAAGCUCCUCUUCUUAAAACCUACGCCGCCGCUCCAGUCGUAGCCAAAUCCUACUCCGUAGGACCGAUCAUCAAGCCUUACUCUGCCCCAAUUGUAGCCAAGUCUUACGCCGCCCCAAUCGUAUCUUCUUACGCCGCCCCAGUACUUUCCUCCUCUUACUCUGCCCCACUCUUGACUAAAUCUUACUCCGCCCCAAUCAUCUCCAAGACCAUCUCCGCCUCUUACGCCGCCCCAGCCCCAGCCUACUCUCACGGCUUGGAAGCAUCUUACUCCGCUCCACUUGUGUCCGCCCCUAUCAUCAAAUCUUAUGCUGCCCCAGUUGUAUCCGCUCCAGUCAUCAAGUCUUACGCCGCUCCAGUUGUAUCCGCUCCAAUCAUCAAGUCUUACGCCGCCCCAGUUGUGUCUGCCCCAAUCAUUAAGUCCUACGCCGCCCCAAUUGUAAAAUCCUACGCUGCCGCCCCAGUCGUAGCUGCCCCAGCCUACCUUGACCAAUCCUUGGGUUACGGAUACGGACACGGAUACGGACACGGAUACUCCGCCGAUUUGGGUUUGAAACAAUGGUAAACGUUUUGAGAGGCUGUGAUAUUUAUUGUUUUGUAAAAACCAUAUAAACAGUAUUUAAAUAUAUUUAUAUUU